GUUUCUCAACCUUCCAUAGUAGUCUAUAAGUCGGUGGUACCAUGUGGUACAGAACGAAUAGAGGUUCAAAGGUUACGUAAUUUAAUGGUUCAGGAUCUGGCAACAGUGUUCAAUAGUGUUUGUUAACUCGUUGACUGCUGGCUGACUGCAAGACUGCAUCAAAUUAAUGAUUCGCGAUUGCAAGAGGUAGUGUUUCUAGAAGUAGGAAUAUUCAGUUCUCAAUGGGGCAUUACAAAUAUAUUCAUGAAAAAUCCACUUUCACAGAAGACAAAAAAUUGUUCUACGAGGAAAAUGGGUACAUAGUGAUAAAAAACAACGUCAGCCAUGACCUGUUGGAUAAAAUGCACCAGAGAUUUAUCGACAUAUGUGAUAAUAAUACAGAAGUCUACAACGCCCAAGUUCUUAAAGAUAAAGUUUUGAGAAGAAAGGGUAUGACAGGACAAUAUGUCGUCAACAAAUUACAAGAUUUUUUAUACGAUCCAGUCCUUUGGGAAUAUGCAAUUGACAAAAAUCUUAUCGAUAUAGUGGAAAAAAUAAUAGGGCCGAAUAUAACAGCAAUGCACUCCAUGUUAAUCAACAAACCACCAGAUAGCGAUCCAGAUUUAUCCAGGCAUCCAUUGCAUCAGGACCUUCAUUAUUUUCCCUUUCGACCACCGGACAAAAUCGUAGCCUCUUGGACAGCAAUGGAAAGGGUCUAUGAAGGAAAUGGCUGUCUCUAUGUUGUGCCAGGAUCACAUAAAUCUGGCCAACUUCAUAAACAUGAAUAUCCCGAGGGACAAAAACACUCAUUGUACCAUGGUAUCCAAGGAAUGGAUCAUCUUCCAAGAGUGAAUGUGUCAAUGGAUAAAGGCGAUACUGUAUUCUUCCAUCCUUUACUAUUCCACGGAUCGGGACCAAACUUCACAAAGGGAUUCAGAAAGGCAAUAUCCUGUCACUACGCGGCCUCAGACUGUCAUUACAUCAAUGUUACGAACACCGUCCAAGAGGAUAUCGCCAAAGAACUAGCAGAAGUUGUUGCAAAAAAAGGAGUCGAGUUGAGUUUCCAGGAUAUAUUCAGACUGAAAAGUAGACUGGUGAGAGGAUCCCCAGGAAAUAUGCAAAGACUGGAAAGUCACCUGUGAAAUUGAAUGAAUAAAUAGUGAAAUAUCAAAUAAAUAUUCAAAGAGUGAUUUCAUGUUUAUAUAAUAGAUUAUUAUUAUCAGUACUGAUCAACAUCAUUUGGUAUUACCUAUUGGACUUGAGGUGAAGGUAUAGGUACCUAACUGCUGCUAACAUCUUUUGUAUCAAACAAAGUGAUUAUUUUAAAUUUAUGGUAAAUAAAAGGUUACUGAAAUUGAG